UGCGCAUGCGCGCGACCGUCUCUACUUUCCGAGUUUGAUGUUACGAAUUGUUUUUAUAUGGCAGUGAACCGACUAAGUGUUGUGGGACCUUCCGGACGAUUUGACAGUGGACAGUGGAGAUCCUCUCAAAAUGGCCGGUCAGACGGAUAUUGGACUUCUUCAAGAUCAAGCUAUGCACAAUUGCCAUAUCCCUCACAUUGUUCAACACCGUGCGACUGCCACGAGAAGCCUUCAAGUAUGGAGACGUGCCGUACCUGGUGGUCUACUCGGUGUGGCUGCUGGUUGUCGGUCUGCCAAGCAUCAUGCUGCAAUUGGCAAUGGGACAGCUAAGUCAGCAAGACGCGGUCGGCGUGUGGCGAGCUGUUCCUAUAUUUAGAGGUGUCGGUCACAUCAAAGUGCUGACGUCAUACCUCUGCUGCACUUACAACAUGGUAUAUGUGGCCCUCUCUGCUGCGUACAUGAUAUGGAUCGGCAAAGGCUCGUUCCCUCUGAAGGACUGCACUAAGAUACAUUUGACUCCGGAUGGGUACGAGAACAAAAUGAAUGCGUCUGAGUGUUUCAAUUCAACGUUUCUGGCGCCGUUCACUGAACAACCUCAGUAUCUGGGUGUAAUGGCCAUUUUGAUAUUCAUUUUAUGGUUCUUUGUGCCUCUUAUGCUACUCAACCUCCACAAAUCCUUAAAAGCGGCGCUCAUGAUCCUAGCCCCCAUUCUCGUCGCUCUAGCCAUAGUUCUAUGCGUAUUUAUAUCCAAUGGGAGCAUAUUGAGUAGAGUGCUACAAAUAGACUGGUCGAUGUUAGUCCGACCGUACAUUUGGCAGAGCGGGCUGGUGCAGGCAUUGCUGUCAACGUCUGUAAUGAGCGGCUAUGUGAUCAGCGCUGGAGGGACUAUUUAUCAGCACUCUGAUGUGAGAUGGAUAUCCGUACUAAUAAUACUAACGAACUUAGUAUCUGGAUGGCUGUGCGUAUUCAUGUGGGAGUCGAUAACGGGAGACGGGAAUAAAGACAAGAGCUUCAUAGCCAUAUUAGUGCUUAUAUACCAAUCUUCAGUGAGCGAACACAGGACGAAGGAGUGGCCCCUGAUUGCGUUCGGCGUGGUUCUUGUAUCGGGAAUUAUAACAUCGUUGGUCCUCCUCUACCCCGUGUACGACAAACUCCACCGGCUUGCUGGCGAUCAGUGGAGGCUCUUCGCAGCAGCUACAUCUGCUCUCGGCACAGCACUCACCGUGGCUGUGCUGUCUCGAGGCAUCUCUAUAGCACAAAUGCUGGAUGACAUGGUCGUACCUGUAUUGGUCGUGGCCACCACUGCCUUUGAGGUGGUUGGAUUCGUUUUUGUUUAUGGUUACUUCUACCUCAAGUCUGACAUCAAAUUCAUAACGGGCAGCAAAUUAUCAAGAUUCUGGAUGGUGAUGUGGUGGCUUACACCCGUCUUGCUAGUUGGUGUAACUGGCUGGUGGCUGCGUGCUAUCAUCAGGGUAGCGUGGACCCAGGGGCAGAGUUUGUGGCACCUUGUGGGCGUCUUCAUCGCGAUACUAGUGAUUCUUAUCAUAUUCGCCGCGAUCGCUGUGGCGAAAGAAGAACAGUAUAAUUUGCUUGCGAAGUUAGCAGCCGCGUUCCACCCGUCCCGUCUCUGGGGCCCAGAAGAGCCAUUAGCAAGAUACAUGUGGAUGUCUCAGCGAUUUGCCAACGAAAAUCUCGUCGCAGAACAAGAAGCUACAGCUGACACUAACUACGCAAACCUAAACAACGACUAUCCUACAAAAAACGAUAUCAAAUACAACGAAAAUUGGUUCAAAGAAGACGUAUACAAAAAACCUCCAAAGAGCGACUAUGCAAUCGAAUAUAUAAAAAAAGACGCGUAUAAAGAGUCAAGUCCCAUAUAUUCAGUUCCCACAAUAGAUAAGAAAAAGAGAGAGAAAGAAGACACAUUUAGAUCACCAAACAUCUGUAUAGCGAAAGGAGAAUUGGGUGGUGCAAUAAAUUGCAAUUGCAAUAGGCACUUUCAGCUUAACGUACCAGAUUUAAGAAAUAACGAGAUAUCGACUAGUCUAUAGACUUUGUUCAUGUACAACGAUUGCUUUGUCUAGUCGCAUUAGGAAUAGUUUAGGAGUUACGACGGUUGACGCAUUUGUAUUAGCCAAUAAUACAAUACGAUAAAAAUGUGAUAAUACGUAAGCGAUAUUUAUUUUAAAUAGCCCAUAUUGUAAGAUUAAGAAGAUUUAUAAAUAAUGUAAUGUGCUAUAGAAUCCAUAACAUCUUUUUAAAAUAAUUGCGAAAAACUGAUUUAAGCCCGACAAGAAAUGAGUUCCAUUGAAAUAGCAAGCUAAGAUAGUAAAUAUUAAGGAGAGAGGAAAUCAUAUUUUGUUCAACAGUUCGCGUUACUCGCGUUGAUAUAAUAUUAAAUGGAACACAUUUGGCCUUCCUGUACACUACGUAGAAAACCUGAGAAAAAUAAGUGUUCAAAAUGAUAAAUGAAUAUAAUGACGGGGUCGCUUUACACUGCGGGGAUAUUGUGAAAAUACUAAACAAAAUGUAGAAAAUCAUAGACUAUGUAUUUUAAAAAUAACUUAAGAGAAAUCUACGAAAGGAGAAUCAAAAAUGUUUAUAUAUUUUUCGUGAGGGAAAAGGAUUAAAAUAAUAAUGUCUUAUUAGUUUAAGAUGAAGGAAAUAUACAAUAUAAGCCUCAAAAACAUGUUUUAUUUU